AUGCGUUCAUGUUUCUGCAAGUCUGUGCCAUUAUUUGCUCAACGGGUCCAGGAUACAUCAAGAGACCCUUGUCGGGCAGAAGCGAAAGAUGCCUUCAUCAGUGACCUUGUCACCAAGAUGACGAUACCAGAAAUGGUCCUUCAACUACAUUUAAUGUUUGCCAGCAACGUCAUUGGGCCCGCUUCCGAUAACUCUCUCUACGACAUUGCCAUGCGCUUCGCUCCGGGUGCGGCACUCGGUAUGAUCCAUGAUUGGUAUCCAUUGGACAAGACAUACCACAACGAAUUGCAGCGUCUGAAUCUCGAGAAAGCAAGGUUAAGAGUGCCGUUUAUCCAUUAUGGUGAGUGCUUACACGGCGUCGCGAGCUUCAAUCAGAGUAUGUUUCCUCAGCCUAUUGGGCUUGCGGCGAGUUUUGAUACCGACUUGGUUAGAAGAGUUGGGAGAGCAAUCGGAACGGAGGCAAGAGCUAUUGGCAUUCACGCUUGUUUAGCACCUGUGCUCGAUAUAUGUAAGGACCCAAGGUGGGGAAGAUGUCAAGAAGGUUGGGGAGAGGACAAAAUAUUGACUUCACAUAUGGGAGUCGCAUUCGCUUCGGGUUUGUCGAAGAACGGGUCUUGGGCGAAUGCUGACGCCGUCGUCCCAGUCAUGAAGCACUUUGCAGCCCACGGGUCUGCACAGAGUGGAGGUAACGGGGCGCCGUUUAUGGGACAUGGCAACCGUGAGGUUUUGGAGGAGCAUCUUGUGCCGUUUAAAGCCGCUUUCGAUCUUGGAGGCGUAAGGGGUGUGAUGAUGGCGUAUCAUGAGUUAGAUGAUGUGCCUAGUCAUGUGAAUCCACUACUAUACAGACAACUUGAAGAAUGGGGUUUCGAUGGCUUUGUUACUGCGGAUGAUACUGGGAUGGCUCAAUUACAAAUGGGACACCAAGUGGCGAAGUAUCCUGCGGAUGCGAUCCAGCAAUGGUUCAAUGCAGGAGGGAUGGUGCAGUAUUACGAUUACCCUCUAAAAACACUUCUCAAUGCUACAAUGGGCCUCGUGGCGAAUGGCAGCGUUCAAGAAGACCUUUUGCGAGCUAAGGUCAAGCGCAUCCUUGGAGUGAAAUACGAUCUAGGUUUAUUCGAUGAACCUUAUAUACUAGGCAAGAUUGAUCCCUACCAGCUCACCACGGACCAUGUUCCUCUAACACUAGAGGCUGCACAGAAGACUGUGGUCUUACUAGAGAACAAGAAUAAGACUCUGCCCUUCGAUCUUGAGAGGCAGGGUCUAAAGAAGGUCGCUUUGAUUGGUCCCUUCGGCGACAUUCUCAACUAUGGCGAUUACGCUGGUCAAUAUGGUGCUUACCCUGUUGCAAACUCAUCAACAAUUAGGGAGGGCAUUCUGAAUCACCUUUCCGGGACAGACACAUCCCUGGUCACGAGCAUGGGAGCGAACACUUGGUUGUAUAACGCACACUAUCCUAUUCCACCUUAUCACCUUCUGUCUAGUGGUAUGUCAGGAGGACUGUUAGCAACAUACUACGCCGACACAAAUUUCAGCCAGCCCCGGGUCCAACGAAUUGAGACACCAACGAUGACAUGGGGACUAUAUCCGCCCCCAGGACUACCCUCCAACAAUUUCAGUGUUAUCUGGCAAGGAGAGCUAAAUGUCCCGGUGGACGGUGAUGUUGACGGAUGGCUUGGUGUGGCUUUGGGACCGAAUACCACUGCGAGACUAUACGUGGACGGCGCUCUGCACAUUGAAGUUCCGUUCACAAAGGAAGGAAACAUCCUGUCUAACAUACCAGGUCGCUCUUAUUCUUUGGAUAAUGCCACGCUGCCACCACCAGGAUCAAAUGCGUUUACGUUUCAGCCUGGUAAGGUACAUAAGAUUCGCCUGGAGUAUCAGACCUGGAACUUAUAUCAGAAAAUCGAGAAUGUGGGGUCGUUGAAUGCGCAGGUGCUGUUGUUUUGGAAUCUUGUAGAUCGGAACGCAGCGGUUGGGAAGAGCGUAGAGAUUGCGAAACAAGCAGAUGUUAUCAUGCUAGCUGUAGGAGGAGCGUGGAACAGCGAUGGUGAAAGUGGCGAUCGAGGGACGUUUGGAUUGAGCGCGAAUCAAACCGCUCUGGCUGAUGCAAUAUUCGCCCUAGGAAAGCCGGUCGUGAUGAUUCUUCAAGGCGGAAGACCGUUCGCGAUUCCAACAUACUAUGCCAGAGCAGCGGCCGUCGUAGAUGCCUAUUUCUCAGGCCAGGCAGGUGGACAGGCUAUCGCAGACGUACUGUUUGGCACGGUAAACCCAGGAGGCAGAGUUCCGAUAUCUAUCCCAAAGUUUGCCGGCCAACUACCCAUUUAUUACAACUACAAGCAAACGGCGCGGAAGAGGUACGUAGACAUCGACGCCCUUCCACAAUACCCCUUCGGGCAUGGGCUCUCGUAUACGACCUUUAAAAUCUCGAAUUAUCGAGGCAGCACAAUGCGUGGAAGCCAAAACUUCACGGUCAAUGAUACAAUUGUCUUCGAAGCAGAUAUAUCAAACACAGGACUCGUGGCGGGGUCCUAUGUCGCGCAGAUCUAUCUUCUACAACGCAUUUCGCAAAUCACGCAACCUCUGAAGCAGCUCGUUGCUUUUCAGAGGUUGUACAUAGGAGUGGGAGAAACAGUGACAGCAAGAAUGGAAUUGGAGGUUGAAAGGUAUCUGAGGAUUCUGAAUAGGCGCUACCAUUGGGAGGUUGAGAAGGGCAUGUAUGUCUUUGCGAUGCUAGAUAAUGGGGGCUGGGAUGCACUCUGGAAUGGAAAUUCAGGAGGAAAUAUUACCUUACAGUGCAUCUAGAGGAGAUGCUGGACGCACAGGGGGAGCUAAGGGGAACAAACUAGGAGAGUCUGGUGGUUCCCAAGAAUGAAUGAAGGACUCCGAGGUUCGGCUAAUUUACGAGUGAUGGUGAGAAGGCUUAAACUAUGAUGAACAAUAGAUGCAGU